CAUUGUACAGUGUAGCUGGAAUCAACUUUUUGUCGAUUACUUAAAAAUAUUUUGCUACAAUAAAAUUUGAAACUCUCCCAAGAAGGGGAUACAAAUUUAAGCGCAAAAAGGCACUUCCAGGGAAGGGGGUGUUGCAGACUGAACUGGCAACCGCCUGUCCAGGGGCAGGUCCUGUCGUUGCGUCGCCAGGAGAGUCCGGAGGCUGAGGUUUGUGUGGACAUUUCUGGGAAAGCCUCCAGAGAUCAGGUUGGCUAAAGGAGAGCCUGCACAUCCGCGUUUUCCUGCACAAAGACUCAGCGCAGGUUUCCAGCCUAAUCCGGACCCAGCCUGGUGUCUGGCAAAUCUAGAGCAGAGAGUGAAGUGGACUUUGUCAGCAGAAGGCAUGCUCUGAAGCAGACCUGCGGUGUUAUGCGCCUCUUCUGCACUCUGCACUUCUUCACGUGGAACUGAUUAAUUAACAACCUCAAAUGCGCUAAAGACGCACCAGGAUCCUGCUGGAUCUGUGUCUUUCCCUCUCUGAGUGUUCACUUUAUUUGACAUCUCGCCAGAAUGCGGGGGGCUUUUGUACUUAGUGUAGCUCUGAUGUAUCUGCUGACCUGGACAGGUGAGGCCGACAGACAGGCUCACCUCAGACGGAUCCCAUUACGCAAACGCACAAGACUGGGACGUUUCCAGCCAGGUUUAACGGUCAGGGAGCGCCUCAUUGGCGGUGCGCGCCCCGGAUCUACUGCGGCUAUCUCCGUGCACAGCUCUAGGCAAGUGGAGGAUGUGCAGGCUGACGAUAGUUUUGUCAGGACAGAGACUACGCAGGGCAACACAGGAGGUCACCGACCAGCGAUAGGGAGGAGGGUGGCCGGGCAGGUUGGCUUGCCCCGCCAGCCGGGCAUGCUGCAAGAUGAGGGCACUCCCGGUGCGAGAGCCCGGGUCGCCCGGAUGCCCAGCGGCUCCGGCUCGCCAAACCUGCUGGCGAGCUUCGCAGGGAAGAACCGCGUCCUGGUGAUCUCCGCGCCGCACGACUCAGACGGCUACUACCGGCUGAUGAUGUCCCUGCUGAAACCCGACGUGUACUGCGAGCUGGCUGAACGACACGUCCACCAGAUUGUCAUGUUCCACCAAGAGGGAGAGAUGGGAGGCAAGGUGAGGAGGAUCACCACGGAGGGCAAGGUGAUGGAGGAGCCGCUGGAUACCGCCCUCAUCCCCAGACUCAUGAGCUUCCUCAAACUGGAGAAAGGUAAGUUUGGGAUGGUGCUGCUGAAGAAGACGUUGCAGGUGGAGGAGAGGUACCCCUACCCUGUGAGGCUGGAGGCCAUGUAUGAGGUGAUCGACCAGUCGCCCAUGAGAAAGCUGGAGAAGCUCCGCCAGAAAGGCUUUGUCCAGAAGUGUAAAGGAGCCGGUGUGGAGGGCCAAGUGGAGGAGGGCACAGUCACAGGUGGAUCAUUAGACACACCAGUAGAAAGAAAACCAGAGCGGAAAGAGAUCUUAAGGAAACCAAUCAGGAGGCCUCCGCAGACUACGACAACAACCACAGCUGCAACAACCACCACCACAACAACAACAACCACACGGCCAACCACCACCACCACCACAACUAAACCCACCACGACUACGACUCGGGCCACGACCACCACCACAACCAGAGCUACGACAACCACCACCAGAAGAACCACCACCACCACCACAAAACGACCCACCACCACCCGCCCUGUCACCACAACCACCACCACCACCACCCAGAGACCAACCAGGGCCCAAACCACGGCUCAGUGGUUGCCAGCCCCCCGGACCACUGCUGAUCCCUACUACUACAACCGCAGAGACAGGGAGAGGUUCCCGCCCAAAACCACACCAGCUGGAGAUAACCGCACCGACAAGGAAGGCAGAGACCCACACAGCCGCAAGCAGGCCGAGCUGGUACCCACCACGCAUAAACCCUCCAAGACUAAACUUGGCAAGAAGAAGAAUGGAGGAGAGAAGGUGCUGAGCAAUGAGUACAAGGAUAAGUAUGAAAUCAGCAAGCCAACAGUGAGCGAUCCAGAGGAGACAGAAACCUACACCGAAAUCAGCCCAGCCAAGAGGGGCAAAGGCAAGCACGAUAAGCACGACAAGAAGAAGAAAAAGAAUGACAAGGCUUCCAAAAAAGCAGAGAGGAGAGGAGGGAAGGCCGGAAAGGAGGGCAAGAAUGGUGGAAAGAAAAACGGCAAGAAGCUGUUGAAGUACCAUGAGAAAGAGGAGUACCAGAAGCCCACGAAGAAGCCAACCCCUCCCCCUAAGGGAGCUCUGGACUCCUUCCUGGACUACUUUGAGAAUCGCAGGCGGCUGCUGCUGAUCACCUCCCCCAGCGAGGAGGGCAGCAUGUACGUUCAGCAGAGAGAUGAGUACCUGGAGACUGUGUGUGAGAUGGCCAUCAGGAAAGUGUCCAUCGUCACCAUCUUUGGCUCGCUCACCAACUCCACCAUGAAAAUCGACCACUACCAGCUGGAGAAUGACAAGCCUAUGAAGGGUCUUCGUCAGGAGGAUCUAGUGAACCAGGAGCUGAUCACAGACCUGAGGAAGGAGUUCGGCAUGACGCACAAUGACUUCUACAUGGUGCUCACCGACACAGACAUGAGAGUCAAGCAAUCCUAUGAGGUCCCCAUCGCCAUGAAGGCCGUGUUUGACUACAUCGACACCUUCUCCUCCCGCAUCCGUGAGAUGGAGCAGCAGAAGAGAGACGGCGUGGCCUGCAAAAAGGAGGACAAGCCGAGAUCACUGGAGAACUUUCUCUCCAGGUUCCGCUGGAGACGUCGCUUGUUUGUUAUCUCCGCCCCCAAUGAUGAGGAGUGGGCCUAUCAGCAGCAGCUCUACGCCCUGACCAGCCAGGCCUGCAACCUGGGUCUGAGACACAUUUCCAUUCUGAAGCUGGUCGGCACAGAGCAGCUAGAUAUGGGUGGAGUGCUGGAGCUGUACCCAAUCAAUGGGAGUGCCACAGUGGAGCGCGAGGGGCUGUCAGCCACCCUGGUGAAGGACAUCAGGAACUAUUUCCAGAUCAGUCCGGAGUACUUCUCCAUGCUGCUGGUCGGGAAGGAUGGCAAUGUGAAGUCCUGGUACCCCUCACCCAUGUGGUCCAUGGCCAUUAUCUAUGAUUUGGUGGACUCCAUGCAGCUACGCAGACAGGAGAUGGCCAUCCAGCAGUCGUUAGGCAUGCGCUGCCCCGAGGAUGAGUAUGGUGGCUAUGGUUACCAUCAGCAUGGAUACGACCAUGGUUACCAGGACGGGUACCAUCAGGGUUAUGGCUACUAAUGGAUGUGUGCUAGGCAAGGAUGUGUAACGUAACUGAUCCCUGCCCUCCAGUUGGUGGUUGGUGGUUGGUGCUAUCAGCCCUUAACCUUUUCCUCUUUCCUACCCAUCCUCUACCAGGCAGUUGGCUCAGUUGGAGUGAGGUCCUUGAAAGUUUUGUAGCACUUAGUGGAAGCCUCAGUCCUGUUGCUUCCACCUAUCUGGUUGUUUGAUAUAUAGCGUAUGCUGGCAGGUGAAUGGUGAAAGACGAGAACCUCUGAUCAGGACUGGCUAGUCAAAGAAAUGUAUAGAUGAGCCUGGAGGUUCAGGGAUCUCUUCUGUGCCUACUGUUAUUUUGCAUUUCAAACUUCAGACUGUUUUGCACGCUACACUAUCUGUCUCCUUCACUUGUCUUCCAGGCCAAAUUUACAUUUUCAUCUUAUCAGCAGAGACCUUUAUUUUGUAGAUACUGGGCUAAAAUAAGACAUAUGUAUUUAUUGGACAUCUGUUGCAUUUGAGGUACAGUUACCUAUUACGUUAUGGAAGGACACUGCCACAUUAUUUCUCUUUUGUAAAGUUCCUGUUGCUAUAUGAUGUUCUUAUUUAUACUCUAUUGUGCUAUAUGACAAAUAAACAUUUGUUUACAACCAA